AACUUGCUCUCCCUUAGCGUUAUUUGCAACCGUUUUUGUAACGCUUCCUUACCUCACAAACCUCAGAACGCUCGAUGGGUGAGCAGAAUCUUUGCCAUCUUCCUCUAGACGAGCCUCUGGUUGCCGCUGUCUCUCAACUCCUCGACUCAGUUGGCGUGGCCAAUGUUCUCUGGGGGAACUACCUGCUUACAGUCUACGGAAUACCCUCCUUGACCAAUGACGCUUCGUUCGCAGUCCCUGAUGAUAUGCUUCUGCGGGCCCAGAAAACCCUUCAGAACGCAGGUCUACAUCUUUGCUCAGAUCUAGAUUGUACCGUCGUGAAACUUCGAUCUCGACCUCCUCCUACCAACCACUUUCAUCUUGAAACCGAGGCCGUCCAUGUAUAUCUAUACCCGCAGUCCCAGGUUUUGCCAAAUAUAUCUGAUCUACAGAAUGCCGAAGAGCAAGGCCAAAUCAUCUCAGCGUCAGAUGCCAGUCUCCCCAGAUGGCAAAUGGGAUACGGAAAGGGUGCAUUUGCCGCGGAAUUUAGCUGCGUUCGCGUCCCCUCCGCCACUUGCUUCGUUGAGGCCUCUCUUCUUAAUUUCGUGCGACAAGCUCGUAAGAAGGAUUAUGGGUCCGCCCUAGACAUGCAUUACCUAGGCUGCGCAACGUAUAUGAUAGAGUACGCCUAUCCCGGCGGUUAUCUUGACCUGGAUAGCCUCCAGCCAGUUUUCCGAGCGUUCCUGGUGGAUGGGUUUCUCAAUCAUAAUAGUAGUGCUUUGUUUGCCACUGCCAGAGAGCGAUCACUUGUGGAAACAAGGGCACGAGAUGAGGCGUUAUGCCAGGCCCUGUCUGUUGUAGUUAAUCAACAGAAUAGUUACCCAUGCUGUACGGAAACACAAAAGGCAGCCCGACAGCCACCCAAAGUACAGAAACUGUUUUCCUCAAUUUUCCGCCGCGCUCCCCCUUUUCCCCUCCGAUCCUCUGUCGGAGUCUCUGUUGCUGUUGCGGCCUCGUUCCAGAACAGACCAUCCCCCUCUGGCACUGCUCUCUCUUUUACCCCGACGACGCCAUUGAGCGCCAGAAACGCGUCCCACAUCUCGUCUAGGAUGGCGCACUCGAAAGUCGUCAUCAUCGGCUCCGGCCCCGCUGCCCACACGGCAGCCAUCUAUCUCUCACGCGCUGAAUUAAAACCGAUUCUGUACGAAGGAAUGAUGGCCAACAACACGGCUCCCGGCGGACAACUCACCACUACCACGGACGUCGAGAACUUCCCUGGCUUUCCCAAUGGAAUCAGCGGCUCCGAGCUCAUGGACAGCAUGCGUGCCCAAUCCAUCCGUUUUGGCACGGAUAUCAUCACUGAAACUGUUUCGCGCAUUGACCUGUCCUCGCGCCCCUUCAAGCUAUGGAAAGAAUAUGCUGAUGGGCCUAACGAUGCGCCCGCACACACCACUGAUGCGAUUAUCAUUGCCACGGGCGCUAAUGCUCGCCGUCUCGAUUUGCCCGGUGAGGAGCGGUAUUGGCAAAAUGGUAUCAGUGCGUGCGCAGUGUGUGACGGAGCUGUGCCUAUUUUCCGCAACAAGCCAUUGUUCGUGAUUGGCGGCGGGGAUUCGGCUGCGGAGGAAGCCAUGUUUCUUACGAAGUAUGGGAGUAAGGUGACCGUGUUGGUGCGAAAGGAUAAAUUGCGCGCCAGCAAGACUAUGGCGAAGAGGUUGUUGGCAAACCCCAAGGUUGAGGUGAAGUUUAACACCGUUGCGCUCGAAGUCCUGGGCGACCCUGCGCCACGCGGACUCAUGACACAUUUGAAGAUUAAGGACGUGGUCUCCGGAGCCGAGGAGGUAGUGCCCGCCAAUGGACUCUUUUACGCCGUAGGACACGACCCUGCGACGGCACUGGUUAAGGGACAGAUAGAGACGGAUUCGGAGGGCUAUAUUGUUACAAAGCCCGGAACGAGUUAUACGAGUGUCCCUGGCGUAUUUGCUGCGGGCGAUGUGCAAGAUAAGAGAUAUAGGCAGGCGAUUACAAGUGCGGGAUCUGGCUGUAUCGCUGCGCUUGAAGCUGAAAAGUUCUUAGCGGAGUCCGAAGGGGGUGACGAACCUCCUCUCGUUACCUCGACUCUCGAACAAUCGACAAUUCAAGGAAGGCAAGGUGCUCCAUCAUUGGAGUAUUCGUCGAAUCCUCUGCUUUGAGAAGAUAGAUGUGUAACAUGGGGACUUUCAUAGGGUUUGGUUUCUAGGUUGGACGUGAGAAAUCCCUGGAGGGAGGGAUUUUAUUGUUGCGUUGGAACAAGUGACCAGA